GACAUUUACUAAUGUUUAUAUUGUUUAUGUUUAUUGUUUAAUCUGGAGUCUGGGCAGCGGAUACUCUGUCUGUAGUGAAAUUAAAAUAAACUUAUUGUUCAAACACAAUCUUCAGCUGUUGUAUACAAUAAGCAGAUAGUUUAAUUGCAUAUAUCAAAAGUUUAAAAAAACAUGAAAGAGAAGCGUCAUAAAAAAAAACACAAGAAAUCCUCAAAACAUGAAAAUAAUGACGAUAAAAAAAGAAAUAAAAAGAGAAGUUCUUCAGAGUGCUCUGAAUCUUCAUCUGAAUGGGUUGAAAAGGAAACAAUAUCAAAAAAAUCUGCGGAUGACCGUGAAGAAUGGAUGUCGAUGACUGGAAUGCUAAAGACGUAUACAAAAGAAGAUAUUCGAUCAAAACAAGAAUUAAUGGAAAAGAAACACAUUGAUUCAUAUAAUCCAUCCACAAGUAGUAGAGAACUUAAUCCUUAUUGGAAAGAUGGUGGUUCUGGAUUACCAUUAACUGCAGAAAAUUUCCAAAAAUCCAGGCAAUUUUUAAAACCAUCAUCUGAUGAUGAUUUUUAUUCGCGAUCCAAUUCAUACAAUAAAAGCAAACAGGAUUCUUCACAAAAGUACAAUUCCAAUCAAAGUAAAUCCUUUAAUUGGCGUUCAGGAUCAAAAAACCAAAAAGUAUCCAUUGGAGAUAUUGCUCUUAAAAGCACAAGUAAGACUAGUGAUGCUUCAACUAGUUACUACUUAGAUAAAAAUAACUCUUCAGCCCCUAAAAAUACAGAAAAGGGCAAGGAUAGUUUAUAUCUUUCAGAUGAAAAAAUGAAUAAACUUGCUUCAAAGAUUGUCAAGGCAGAAAUAAUGGGUGAUAUAAAAGUAGUUGAAGAAUUGAAGGCCAAAUUAGAAGCAGCCAGAGAGUACAGAAAGAAUAAUCCUGAUGCUACAAAGGUAGAGGAAGAUGAUAGAAUUCUUUUAAUGUCAACAACUAGUAGUGGAAACAGUAGACCACUAAUGAAUUAUCAGGGAGAUCCACGAAGCAAAGGUGGCAAACGGAAGGCUGAAACACAUGAUGGAGGGGGAAGAGUUAAAUAUUUUGGAAAUGAUGAUAAACAUAAUUUAGCACAAAUGUUCGAACAAGAAAAGUAUGGUUCAAACUAUGAUGAGGAUGCUGAGUUAGCCAGAAUUGCAAGCAAGUCUAAAAAUCCAAAUGAUGAUCUAGAAGAUAUAUUUUUGGAUGACAUAUCAAAAAAUAAAAAUAUGGCAAAAGAAAAUGAAAAGGAAAAACAGCGUGCCAUUAACCAAAGUGUUAAAUUAGAGAGGUCAUUAGAAGGCUGUAACUAUUGUUUUGACUCCAAAAAUAUGUUAAAACAUCUCAUUGUUAGCUGUGGGAAUAAAAUAUACAUGGCUUUACCACCUACAAAAUCACUGAUUAAAGGUCAUUGCAUUUUAAGUACUAUACAACACACCACAUGUGUAACUGGUGUAGAUGAGGACAUUUGGAAUGAAAUACUGGAUUACAGAAAAAUGAUCACUCAGUUUUUUAACACUCAGAAUAAAGAUGUAGUAUUUUAUGAAACAGCCACAAGAUUACACAGAUGUCCACACAUGGUAUUAAAUUGUGUUCCAUUACCACGAGAUAUAGGUGACAUGGCAUCUAUUUAUUUUAAGAAAGCUCUCAUGGAAUGUGAGGCUGAGUGGUCUAUGAAUAAGAAAGUUGUUGAUUUAAAGGGGAAAAAUAUUAGAAAAGGUAUUCCUAAAGGAUUGCCAUAUUUCUGGAUUGAUUUUGGAAUGGAUCCUGGUUUUGCCCAUGUCAUAGAAGACCAACAGCUGUUUCCAAAAACAUUUGCUGAGGAGAUUAUUGGUGGUAUGUUGGACUUGGAUCAUACUUUGUGGAAGAACCCUCAAAGGGAAUAUACAGAUUUGCAGAGGAAAAAAGUUGUGGAAUUCAUAAAAGAUUGGAAGCCUUUUGAAAAAUCUUUUAAAUCUCAAAAUUAGAAAAAUGAUAUAUUUGGAUGUAUAUAUUAAGAAUAAAAAUCUAUCAUAAAUAA